ACAGAGCGUGAGGGCGUCACAUUGGAAAAGGAAACAACUCUUGAGCGGCGCGCGUGUUCGUGUGUUAGAACGAGGGACUGAGCGAGAGAAAGAGAGCCAAAGGGAGUCUUUCCGCGUCAACAGCGCGUCAUUUCUAGUCCCACAGCGUAUCCGAUGUGUGCCGUUCAGACCGCAGCGGACCACGGCCGGGGUCUCUGAACGUGUCUACCCGUCAAGUCGCUGUCGGUCUGAGGGCAACACUUCCCACGAGUCAGGGGGAAGGUGCACGUGGAGGGAGGGCGUGGAGGAGAUGGUUCCGACUGCAGGAUGGACCUCAACGACGUCUCUCCCGGCUUCUGUUUGCUGCUGGCCGUGUGCGUGUGUGCAGAGGUGACAGAAGGUGGACACUUGGAUAUUGUGCAGAGUGCAGCUCCCCUCUCCUGUUCAGAAGGCUUCACAGAACACGGCUACUACAACGGCUCCGUCUCCCACACACACUCGGGCUCGGCCUGCCUCAAAUGGACAGAAUUUCCAGACUACAUGCGGCAGUACCCGGGCCGAGGCCUGGGGGACCACAGCUUCUGCCGCAACCCGGGCCGAGAGGCGAGCCCCUGGUGCUUCAUCAGGCAGAGCUCGGGGGCCAUUGGCUGGGCCUACUGCGACUGCCAUCAGGGUGCAGUCAGAUUGGCAGGGGGGUCAUCGGGGAACAACGGGCGUGUGGAUGUCUAUAUGAAUGGUCAUUGGGGGGCAGUAUGUGACACCCACUGGACCGACCGCGAUGCCAGCGUCAUAUGCAGACAGCUCGGACUGGGGGAGAUUGGGACAGCCCUGCAGCAUUCCUACUUCGGCCCAGGUUCUGUCUUCCAUUAUGAGCGUCUGGGUUGCCGUGGAAAUGAGAAUUCCCUACUGGAGUGCCGGAGCAGGAAGUUUGUCACCAAUGAUUGUAACCAUGGCAACGAGGCAGGGGUGGUUUGUGCUGAACCCGAGGGUACUGGCAUCCCCCUGAGGCUGGUGGGAGGCCUGGACGACUUCGAAGGCCGCGUCGAGUUGUACCGUGACGGCAAGUGGGGAACCAUUUGUGAUGACCGGUGGGAUGACACUGACGCUGAGGUGGUGUGCCGACAAUUGGGCCUGGGGGGUGUGGCCAAGGCAUGGACAUGGGCCCACUUUGGCCAGGGUGUUGGUCCCAUCUUCCUGGAUGGGGUGCAGUGUUCCGGCAAUGAACUCUCUCUAGAGGAGUGUCCUCACAACAUCUGGGAGCAGCACAACUGUGACCACGUCGAGGACGCAGGGGUGUCUUGCAACCCGUACACAGACGGUGCAGUUCGUCUGAUGGGAGGAGACAGUCACUGGGGUGGUCGCGUGGAGAUCUACCACCAUGGAGAAUGGGGCACUGUGUGUGACGACAACUGGACUGAGCUCAAUGCUCAAGUAGUGUGUCGACAGCUGGGCUUCAGGGGUCGAUCGAAGGUGGCUCCUGACGGGGUGUAUGAAGAAGGGCGCGGGCGGAUCCUGCUGGAUGAGGUACAGUGUCGGGGAACAGAGGCCGGUUUACUGGCCUGCAGCCACUCUGAGUUGGGCCAUCAUGACUGCUCCCACAAUGAGGAUGUAGGUGUCCUCUGUGAGAGGGGAGGUGAUACCAAUGAGAUGACAGGCCUUCUGACUCCUAUUGGCCCUCUGGUGCGAUUGGUUCAUGGAGAGAGUAGGAAGGAGGGCAGAGUGGAGGUCUUUAUUAACGGCCAGUGGGGAAGCGUGUGUGAUGAUGACUGGAAUGAUGUUAAUGCAGCUGUGGUUUGCAGACAUCUGGGAUUCACCGGUGUGGCUAAAGCUCGAUCCUUGGCCUACUUUGGUGAGGGUCAAGGUCCCAUCCAUCUGGACAACGUGCGCUGCUCGGGCACUGAGACCUCCUUAGGACAAUGUCCAGCUCUGGGCCAAGACAGACAUGACUGUCGCCACAGUGAGGAUGCAGGCGUCAUUUGUGACUACACCCUGGACCCCGUGGGCGACGCUGCUUUGGCAAUGCACACCUGUGGCAUGAGACUCAACAACCAGCGCCGCCGCCGCCGCCGCAUCAUAGGAGGAGAUAAGUCGCUGAGGGGGGAGUGGCCCUGGCAGGUGUCUCUGUGGCUCAGGUCUCAGUCUAAAGGAAGUCACCCUCUGUGUGGAGCGUCACUCAUCAACCACUGCUGGGUUCUGACCGCUGCCCACUGCUUCAAGAGGUUUGGCAGGGAGCCGAGCCGCUACCUGCUGCGCCUGGGUGACCAUCACACCGCGGAGCAGGACGACUUUGAACGCACCCUGUCACCCAAACGGAUCGUUGUGCACAGGAAGUACCACAGUCAGGGCUGGGAGUAUGACAUCGCCCUGCUGCAGCUCAGCGGCACCGAGGGCAACUGCGUGGCAUUCAACCCCCACACCAGCGCCGUGUGUCUGCCAGAGCCGGGGAACCGGUGGGAGAAGAGGCCGGCUGCCUGUGUGAUCACCGGCUGGGGCGUCACAGACUCUGAGUACUCCCGGACUCUGCUCCAGGCCUGGGUGCCCCUGCUGCCAGCGUGGAAGUGUAAGCGGCGCUACAACCAGCGCUUCACCAGCCGCAUGCUGUGUGCCGGGAGCCUGUCGGAGCGCCACCGUGUGGACAGUUGCCAGGGUGACAGUGGGGGUCCGCUGGUGUGCCAGGGGCAAGGGGGCCGUUGGGUGCUGACGGGGGUCAUCUCCUGGGGUCACGGCUGUGGCGACCCAUCAUUCCCUGGGGUGUACACACGAGUUAGCAGGUUCCUGGGCUGGAUUGACAAGGUCAUCAACAAGCCCUACAAGAGCUGAGCAUGGACUGCGUGCUCCUGUGAGGUCACCUCAUCAGGAACGUUCACCCUUCUGUUGACUGACAGGCAGCAGGAUCAACAAACCCUUUGUCCCUCACGGGAUGAUGACCUGAACCAACAAUAACAGGUAGCCUCACAAUAUGUAUCACUGCUGUAGUGAAGAGUCAUUUAUAAAUGUAUUUAUUUAAAUUAUUCAGCAGAAACCAAGAGAGCACUACAAGCAAAUCAUGGCCACUUGUUUAUUGCAUGACUACAAUGAGCUUUUUGCAUGUCUCCACAUUGAGCUUACCUUUGUUGAGGGCAGCUCGUGCUGUAGAAUACCAGCCCGCUCCGAUCUAAAGCAGGGGUCUCUGGUACUGGUAACGCUGUGCUGGUUGCAUUUUGGGAGAAUUGUUAUGUGUUUCACAAAUGCGUUCAAACCACAUAGAGAGGCGGUGGUACGAGUGGGUUUAUUACAAGCCUUCAACCAGAGGACUCAAGUUCAAACGUAAGAUACUAAUUUGAACCAAACCACCAUCUUUUACUGAAACUAACAGAGUAGUUUUAGAGUAGUGGAAGCAACAGCGUCCUGACAGGUUCAAUCACUGUAACAUUGAUGUGCACAUAUGAACUGAUCAGAUCAAUCAGCUGCAUUAUAGCAAAGCAAAGAACCAGGAAUGUGGGGAUGUGUAUAUAUUAGCAACUAGUACGAGGGCCUCCAGUCUUGAAGAGAAGAGCAGUGUAAAAAAAAGGAUUUAGAACCUCAAUCUAUUCAGCUGGUAUCUUGGUUUUAUGGUGGAUAGUCUGAAAUUGAUUCAAAUACACAUUUCCUAUAGUUUCUAUUCGUUUUUCUUUGUUCUGUGUUCGGUCUGCAUUGGCCAAUGCAAUUUCCAUCUUUUAUUCAUUUAGUUCAUUUCACUGUAUUUAUUUGAGUAGUGUUAAUUUCAGCCUGGUCAUGUUCCCCUUUGCGGAAACCAGCAUUCAACCACAUGCCACUUAACCACUUGACAAUUGAAGAGUUUAGUUAAUUAUGGCGAUACCAUUUAAUACAGCCUGGAAGAAAAGGAUUACAAUCUUAUUCUGUAAAACCAGCGCUGAAUAAAAAAAGCUGGUCAAACAUAACUUAAAUGAAUGGUGAAUUUCCUCUGACAUCGUACUCUCAACAUUAAUUUGCUCUUUAUGACAAUCAGCACUUGCUGGAGGGAGGGAUCACUGCCUUAAUAGAUAGAUGGUAAGGAAGCAGUAGGUUUUCUCAAUGAUAUAAAUCCCAAGACACACCCUAAAUAUGACUUCCAUCUUUUGCAAAAAAGCAGAUUAUAUCAACUUUAUCAUUCUUGUGUCACAAUUUUAAUGAACAUUCUCAAUAAAUCGCUAUCUCCACAUGCCAAGUAUACACUGAUGUGUUCAGUAAAACAGUAUUAUCUGGAGUCUUUGUUCUGUAAAUGCAAUGUGUUUAUUGUGUGUUAAUCUACUGUUCGCAUGUUCAAGGGAACUUUAGUGAGAAAUACCUAAAUAUCUGGAUCCCAUACAUAAUUCCACUGCUCCAAAAUGACUUCAAAUUGUUAAAAGCAGAGAUCAUAUGUACCUGUAUAUGACGAUACAAAAUAAAGUUUACUCUGCUUUUCAAAUGA